AUGAAGGUUUCUUUCACUUUCGCUACCCUUGUGGGACUUUUAGCCUCGCGUGUUGAUGCAAUUACACUCUCUACAUCUGACUCAGCUUAUACCAUUGAUACCCAAGCAUCAAAUCCAUUUGCUGUCUCCAUUAAAAGAAGCAAUUGUGAUAUCAGUUCAAUCAAAUAUAGGGGUGACGAGGUUCAAUACGCAAGCCAAGGAUCACACAUUUCAUCUGGUUUGGGAACUGCGACCGUCAGUGCGAUAUCAAUUACUUGUAAGUUUGAGAUCAUCUGUACUUUCUCAUCUGAACUAUGAGCUUGGGUCAAGGAGAAUUGUAUUUCUUCAAUAUACUUUUUGCAAUGGACAGUUUCCUGCAUUCAAGCUACACACUUUAACUCGCUACAUAGACGAUGGUGUGAAGUAUGUCAAAGUCACUUGCGUGACCUCAACAUUGAAACAUUACUAUGUCUUCCGUGAUGGCGAUAGCACGAUCCACAUGUCAACGUACACGACCGCGGGUAAGUGGUCCUUCCUAUUUUCAAAAGCAGUAAUUAAUGUACCACCAGAACCUGCUGUCGGUGAACUUCGCUGGAUCGGAAGGUUUAACCCAACUCUUCUCCCAAAUGACGAUUUCAACCAGGCCUCUGCCAUUGGGGGCUCCUCCAGCACGGUCGAAGUAUGUAAAAACUUUCCUUUUGUUCUCGUUUUCUGGCUCCCAUCAUUAGUGGUCGAGGCAGUAGCAUUCUUCUCGGUGCCUCUCGGCUUUUAAUUCAGCAAGAACACAAGAUACUAAUAUACUACAGGGCGAAGAUGUUUUCAUUGUCAACGGACAGACGAGAAGCAAAUUCUACUCUAGCAAGAGAUUUAUCGAGGAUCAAGUCCACUGCGUUUCCGGUGAUACAAUGAAAGCUUGCAUGGUAAUUCCAGGCACUGCGUAUGAGACGUCUUCUGGAGGACCAUUCAUGAGAGACAUCAAUACCAAUCCAGUCGGAUCCUACACUGGACUAUACUGGUAUAUGAAUUCAGGACACAUCAAGACAGAGGAUUUCCGAACUGGGCUCUUCGGUCCAUACGCCUGCCAGUUUUCACGCUCAGGGACGCCAUCUGGUGAUGCUGACUUUUCCUUUUGGGCUGGAAUGUCCGUUGAUGGAUACGUUCCUGCUAGCGGCCGCGGGCACGUUAGCGGAAAAGCUAGCGGCAUUGCGGGAGCGAACUUCCCUAUCGUAGUCCACUGGUACAAUUCGGCUGCUCAAUAUUGGGCAACAGCAGCUGCAUCAAGUGGCAGUUAUACAUCACCAGCCAUGAAGCCAGGAACAUAUACUAUGGUUCUCUACCAGGGAGAACUCAAAGUGGCCACUACUACCGGUGUUCAACUGACAGCUGGCUCAACAAAAACUCAAAAUAUUGCAAGCGAAUUUUCUGCUCCAGGGACAACACUCUUUCAAAUCGGCGAAUGGGAUGGCCAACCGACUGGAUUCCGAAAUGCUGAUAAGCAGCUUCGCAUGCACCCUACAGAUACUCGCAUGUCUUCUUGGGGUCCACUCACCUACACUGUAGGAUCUUCCUCCCUCGAUGGUUUCCCUAUGGCUGCAGUCAAAGGGGUCAAUGACCCGGUCACCAUAAAGUUUACUCUCACGGAGGCACAAGCUUCCGGGGAUGCAAAUCUCAGAGUUGGCACCACUCUAAGCUUCGCUGGGGGACGGCCUGGUGUUACUAUCAAUGGCAAAGCAGGCGUCAACCCUGUUGCGCCUACAGCAAUCGACUCGAGAGGACUCACGAGAGGUGGCUACCGUGGGUAUGGAAAUAUUUAUGAUUUCCCUGUUGCCGCAGGUGGAUUAGUAUCCGGUAGCAAUACAAUUACAAUCAGUGUUAUUUCUGGGUCUAGUGGAAGUGGAUUCCUCAACCCCAAUUUCGUAAGUGAAGUCUCUCACCAAGAUACUACCUCGCUAAUAAAUUCAACAGAUUUUUGAUGCGAUCCAUCUAUACAGAUAG